GCUGCGGGGCGCGUCGAGCUCCGGCGCGCGCUGUUCCGUGGAGCGGCGUCUCACUGGCUCGGCGGUGUGGCAGCCCUCCUGCAGGCGCAGGCCGGCCUGGGCGGCCUGCGGGACCCCCGCUCGCACCGCACGGCUCUGGAGCUGGCGAGGGCCCUGCUGGACCACGAGAUGGUCCGGGUGAUGGAGGCGUGCGGCGCCACGCAGGCCUCUAACCCGGACUUCCAGGAGUGGGCCACAGUCGUGGCGGCGGCGCGCGGGGACAAGAGGGCAGUGGCGCUGUGGGCGCCGGCUGCGCGACCCGACUGGCGCGAGCCUCCGCCGGGCGUCCGCUGGACGGCGCUGAUGGCGGCCGCGGCGCAGGGCCACGCUGGGAUCUCCCGCUCGCUGCUGGAGGGGAGGGCCUGCGCGGCGAGGAGGGAUGCGCAGGGCCGCACGCCCGGCGAUCUCGCGCGGGGCGGCGGCCACGCGCUGCUCGCCAGCACACUGGACAAGCUCGCCGCCGCCCACGUCGAGGGGCGCGUCGCGGGCGGCGAGGCGCGGGCGGCGGUCGAGGCGUCGCUGAUGCCGGAGGAGUGGCGCGCGGGGCCCGGGUGGGAGGUCGAGGAGCCCGAGGUGGAGGAGGAGGCGGCGGAGUCGGAGCCCUCGGACGAGGGGCCCCCGCCGGCGGGCGCGCCCGAGCCCGUGUGGGGGGCCUCGGGCGCCUACCCUCGCAGGCUGAUCGCCAGGGUCAUCGCUGGCCACGCCCUCCGGCCCGGGGGGAUCCUGCACACACUGGACGCGUAUGUCAGGGUCAGGCUCUCAUACAUGCCCCUGAGCGGGUGCAAGUUUACCCAGACGGUCCCAAACAACUCGAACCCACUGUUCGACCACGAGUUCGAGUUCCAGGUGAGAAGCCGGACUGACUGGCUGUACUGCGCGGUGUUCGACUCGGGAAGCUUCUCCGACGACCUGCUGGGAAGGUGCGACUUAAAACUGUCUAAGUUCGAACUCCGGCUGCUCCACGGCGAGGAGGUCAUCGUCCGCAAGGUCCUCAGGAAGCAGACUGUGGGGCUCAACAACCAGGAGCUCACGGUCGGCAUCAGGUACCCAGCCCCUGACGAGAACGUCCGGCGCUGCGACAACGAGGUCGCCCCGCACGUGACCUGCAGCUACCCAAGCGGCAGCCCUGGCGCGCGCGGCGUGCCAGACGACGGGGCUGCCGAAGCGGCCCAGCCCACGCCCAGCCUUCACCGCCCGCUGCUCGGCUUCCUCUGACGGCCUGCCGCUUCUGGGGCGGCGCCCACUCGACGCGCGGAGCACGCUGGCGCGAGUGCAGCGGCCCAGCCAACCCCCGCCCGCGGCCUGGCUUCCUCUGUUGGCGGGGCGCUGGCGUCCGCUUCCGGGGCUCCUCCCGGUGCCGGCGCGGCAGAAGCAGGCGCCUAGCCUGCGCCGCCAGGCGAGGCCGCCGCCGGAGGCGAGCUGCGAGGCCUUCGUGGAAGCAUGGCCUCCGUGAGCGAGCAGACGCAGGACGUGCUGGCCUCCAAGGCGCGGGCCUCCAAUGACGGCGGGGGCUGCUCGGCUCGGCCGCCUCCGCCUUGUCCAGGGCCCGCUUUGCAGGGCGCGGGCUGCUGCCCCGCUGGAGCGCCCGCCCGUUCCGCGGGCGGCCGCCCGUCGGAGGCGCCCGCCGACUGCGCGCCGCUCGGCCUCCUCGGGUGGUGGAGGUGCCUGGCCUCCUCUUGCGGCGCGGGCGCAGGCCUCUGCUGCAGCCGCCCGCCCGCUGCCCGCACGAGGAGCUGGAGAGCAAGGU